AUGUCAUUUGAUUCAUUUGGAGCUCAAGCUACCGUUGUUGUUUUCGGAGCCUCAGGAGAUUUGGCUAAAAAGAAGACAUUUCCUGCCCUCUUUGGACUUUUUAGAGAAGGUCAAUUACCAUCUGGAGUAAAAAUCAUUGGUUAUGCCAGAUCUAAAUUAGAAGAAGAUGAUUUUAAAUCUCGUAUUUCUGCCAAUUUCAAAAAGGGAACUCCUGAACAAGUUGAAAAUUUCCUUAAAUUAACUAGUUAUAUUAGUGGACCUUAUGAUGAAGAUGAAGGUUAUCAUAAAUUAAGAGAAUCAAUUGAACAAUAUGAAUCUCAUCAUGGUAUUAAAACUCCAGAACGUUUAUUUUAUCUUGCAUUACCUCCAUCAGUAUUUACAGUUGUAGCUUCUCAAUUGAAAAAGAAUGUUUAUGCUACUCAUGGUAAAACUAGAAUUAUUGUUGAAAAACCAUUUGGUCAUGAUUUAGAAUCAUCAAGAAAAUUACAAAAGGAUUUAGCUCCUCUUUUCUCUGAAGAAGAAUUAUAUAGAAUUGAUCAUUAUCUUGGUAAAGAAAUGGUUAAAAAUUUAUUGGUAUUAAGAUUUGGUAAUGAAUUCUUUAGUGGUACUUGGAAUGCUAAACAUAUUAAAUCAAUUCAAAUUUCCUUUAAAGAAGCCUUUGGUACUGAAGGUAGAGGAGGUUAUUUUGAUUCAAUUGGUAUAGUUCGUGAUGUUAUGCAAAAUCAUUUAUUACAAGUAUUGACUUUAUUGACUAUGGAAAGACCCGUAUCCUUUGAUCCAGAAGCAGUUAGAGAUGAAAAGGUUAAAGUAUUAAAGGCAUUUGCUCCUUUAGAUCCUGAUGAUGUUCUUCUUGGUCAAUAUACUAAAUCUGAAGAUGGUUCUAAACCAGGUUAUUUGGAUGAUGAUACUGUUAAACCAGAUUCCAAAUGUGUAACUUAUGCUGCAUUAGGUAUAGCUAUUAGAAAUGAAAGAUGGGAUGGUGUUCCAAUUGUUAUGAGAGCUGGUAAAGCCUUGGAUGAAUCUAAAGUUGAAAUUAGAAUUCAAUUCAAGCCUGUGGCUAGAGGUAUCUUUAAAGAAAUUCAAAGAAAUGAAUUGGUUAUUCGUGUUCAACCAAAUGAAGCAGUUUACUUGAAGAUAAAUUCAAAGAUUCCUGGUAUUUCUACUGAAACUUCUCUUACUGAUUUGGAUUUAACUUAUGCUACAAGAUAUUCUAAAGAUUUCUGGAUUCCUGAAGCUUAUGAAGCUUUAAUCAGAGAUUGUUACCUCGGAAACCAUUCUAAUUUUGUUAGAGAUGAUGAAUUAGAUGUAUCAUGGAAGUUAUUUACUCCAUUACUUCAAUAUCUUGAAGGUCCAGCAGCCCCAUCACCAGAAUUAUAUCCUUAUGGAUCAAAGGGUCCAAAAGCAUUACGUAAGUUUUUGAAUGAGCAUGAUUAUGUAUUUUCUGAUGAAGGUACUUAUGAAUGGCCAUUAACUACACCAAAUGUUAAGGGGAAAAUCUAA